UUAGAUUCCUACCUCGUUAUCCUACGUGCCCAGGUAGGUAGGCCAAUAAUAUUUGACUAGCAACCAAUAUUUAUAUACGUACGUGUAUAUACAUACGUGUAACCUCAUCUCUGCCCAAGCUAGGAUCUCACCUGUUUAUCUCAUUUAUCUCUCAAAUUCGAGCCGGCAAAUAUACGAAUUUCUCGAAGGUGCAAUUAUCAGUCAAGCGGGCAGUACUCAAAUACGUCGACAUGGCGUUUUCUCCGAUUAUAACAGCUACUAUUCAAUCCGCAGUUCUUGCGGCUACGUCUAACCUUCUGGCGCAAGGCCUGACGGCGUAUCAGAAUGAAGCUCCUCUUGUUAUCGACUGGGUGCCAGUCUUCCAAUUCGUCCUCUACGCAUUUCUCAAUGUACCACCCAACUUCUUAUGGCAAGAGUUUCUAGAGGAUUCCUUUCCGGCGUACCAUAUAACGCCUACGUCCGCCGCUGUAGCGUCCGCGGUAGCAAACGAUGAGAAAGCGCUUGAGAAAGAAGAGGAAGAGGGCAAGUUGGUGGAACGUAAGCUUCACAUUGGCAACACGGCCGUCAAGAUGAUUCUAGACCAAACUGUCGGUGCAGUCGUCAACACCUUUCUCUUCAGCCUGUUCAUACAUUCUAUCCAAGACGCUAUGCUGCGAUCCCUAGGUGCACCACUUAGCGGCCCGGCGAAGAGCGCCCAGUAUCUAUUCUCCCGCGGUGCUGUCGACUAUAGCAAAGUUAAUUGGGCCAGUGUGGUCGCUCGUAGCCGCGCUGAGUUCUACGAGCUCCUCGUCGCUGGAUGGAAGGUGUGGCCAGUCAUAAGCUUGAUCAACUUUGCCUUUAUUACAAGCAUUCAGGGCCGCAACUUGGUUGGAAGUCUUGCUGGUGUUGGCUGGGGCAUUUAUAUGAGCCUUGUUACCGCUCGUUAGGAACGGGAGUUGAAACUGGCACGACUGAACUAUGUGUCAUUUCUGAAAUUCGCGUUUCUAUCAGCAAUCAAGAGCGUUACGGGAUUUUCAAUACUGAACAGAAAGGCAGACAUACUGGAGCAUGUCCUUGGCCUUGCCAUAGCCUUAGGUGCGGCAGGUCUAUGCUCAAUAUCGCCGCUCCUUUUCAGAGGUAGACCGGCCCCCUGACAUAUCCAUUCCCUGCAAUUCUAUAUUGCAAUAGAAACUAUCAAGUAGCACUGGAUACCUGCGGGAUUACGGCCAACGCUUUCUUCGAUACGAGUCUUAAUCACAUCAUAAUUGUUUGAUUUUAUUCGGAUAGCGUACGGCAUUGCUCACUCCGUACGUUAUCAUCUACAUGUCUCGCCUAUGCAUACUUAUCACAAUACGCUAUAUGGCACAGUCACGAGCUCGCGCUCUCUUCGGACAGAUACACCACGGACUACAAUCACGUAUAUUCAACCCAUUAUGAAGUAUUACGGCGUAAAUUUAAUAGAUGUAUUAUGAUGGAACAAUUAACAUUCCUUUUCCAGAAUCGGACCCUCAUAUCCCAGCAAAUUCAAGGAAUACCCAUGUCCCCCAAUCCCAAUAGUACUAGCUAAUAAAACCUCUUGAACUGAAAA